UCUGUUUAAUCAAAUUUAUAUUCAACCCCGUAUUCUGUGAUUUACCUAACGCACUGCCAUCUAUGAUCAUAUUUGUAAUUCAUCACCAGCCGAUGUACAAAACCGGACGGGUUUCACGGCCAGGCGCCACAACAGGCGCACAAACCCAGCCCGCGCCAAUUUUAGCAUCUGGAACAUUGGAUGAGGACUGUAUUUGGAAGUCGAUGAGUUGAAGUCUAGCAUUCUGGCCUUACCACUCCACCUGUCGCGACUUUAAAGCCCCCGUCCUCCCGCGAAUGUGGAUCGAUGAUAAACCUGUCAUGACGUACCUGAUCUAUCAUCAACCUCCCACGUCCUGCCCAAACAGCAAAACCUCACAAUGAUCCGCCAAUGCGCGGUAUGCUGGCUCCCCGGAACCCUUUGCACCCAGUGCAAAAGCGCAAGCUACUGCUCCAAAACCUGCCAAAAAGCCGACUGGCCCUCACACCAACUCCUUUGCAAAGCCAUUACCCGGCAGGGGACCCGGCCCACCCCAGCCCACAAACGCGCCCUCUACUUCCCCGCCGAACGCAGACAACCCGAAUUCUUUUGGGUUGAGUGUCCGCACGACGACUACCCCGACGACCCGGGCAUGCCCGAUAUCCUCAGCAUCCAGGCGUACGUCGGCGCGCCGCACUACGCCAGCGAGAAAGUGAGGUUGAACCCUAGGUUGGGGAGAUUUAGUCCGAGGAUGGUGGAGUUUUUUGGCGCGAACCCCAUGCCCAAGAAGAUGGGGAAUAGGAGUUUGAGAGCUGCGUGUAAGGCAUAUGGGUCCGUAAGGAGGGGAUGGGAGGGCCCGUUGGUGGUGUUGGGGAUUUCGGCUGCUCCUUGUGAUGUCACUGCGGACGAGAUUCUGGGGAACGGGUUGGCUGGGGGUGGGAUCAUUAAUUAUGAUGAUAUUAAUUUGUUUGAUUUGAGGACUAUUGUGGAUUGGUCGGUGUGGUAUUCUGAGGGCGUGGUUCCUUGAUAGGGGACAAAGAAAAACACAAUAACGCUCUGUGCUAUCCAGGUCCAAGC